AGUCUUUAUUGAUAUUUUUCAAAUUCAAUACCUACCAUUUUUAAAUUUAUAUUUUCUAAAUUCGUUGUGUAUUGCAAUACGAAGAUAAAGAAGAUAUUUUGAAGCUACAAUGGCCCGCAACACUAAAGAGAAUGUUGACAGUAUUGAUCCCGCUUCAGUUGCUUCCAACGUUAAAUGCUCUUUCAAACAGGACAUAAUAAAGGACUUGCUCAACAGCUCCUUCCAAGAUAACAAGACCAAGUUAGGAAAUGAUGCCCUGACACUGGUGGUGGAAGUGGCCAAGUGUCUGGUGCAGGAAACCUGCCUCAGAGCCUCCAGCCAGGCCCUGCGAGACAGCUGCGACAAAGUUGACCUGGAACACGUGGAGAAAUGUUUGCCGCAAUUAAUGCUGGACUUCCCUUGAAAGUGGGGUGAUUUUGUUUAGUUAAUUUAGUUCAGAGUACCUACAUAAUGCAUUUCUUUGUCCUGUGUGAGAGAAUUUUAAAUAUUAUGUAGAUACCAAGAUGUACCCAUGACAAUACAAACCAGUACUAUCUACCAUUUCUUGAUAAAAGGUAGUCAAGUUUACACUCUGUAUAUUUUGAUUGCCACUGUGUUUUCCACUCUAGUGGCAUUCAGCUUGUGAAUCAAUCUAUUGUUAUCUUUUUCUUAGCAUUUUGGUGACAAACACUAGAUCUAGGGUAUGGUUUGUCACUGUGGUGAACAGAUUGAACAGUCAGUGUAGAAUAGAUAGUGUUAUGUGAUCCCAAGAGUCUUGCUUGAGCAGGUUAUUGAUUUAUUAUCAAAAUUAUGUAAACCACUGUUGUCAAAUUAGAUUUACUUAGCAUAUUAUGUACCAAAAUGUGAUGUAUUUGUGAGAUAUUUAAUAAGCAAUAAUAUUUUUAACAUACCCCUAGCAGCUUUCUGAAAAUAAAGUAAAAUCUGUACUUACAUACAUGAUAUAAAUUAACACAUAUUUUCAGCUAA